AUGAUUCCAAAAAAAAAGUUCUACGAACGUCCAGGUCUUUGGAAAAUUGUAUUGGCCAUUGCUCUUUUUUUUGCAUUUCUUGCUUUUAUUCUUGGAUGGGUCGGUUUUGGUGUACCUGAUUGGCAAGCAUUUAGACGUAAUAAUAGUACUGUACAAGAAUUUUAUGGUCUUUGGGCAUAUUGUCAACAGUCACCUCCUCUUUAUAGUACUAAUUGUAGACAUUGGUCAGAUGCUGCAAAUCAAUUAUAUAAUGGUAGUCGACCAAAUUUUAUUAGUACUGCCGAUGGUCUCAUCACUACUGGCAUGAUAUUUCUUUCUUUGGGUCUUAUGACUGGUAUAUUUGCUGCUAUUCUUCCAUUAAUAUCGUAUCUAGCUGGUGUCUUAACUUUUCUUGCUUUUCUUUUCAUUAUUAUUGGUUUACCAAUAUUUGGUCAACAAUCAAAUGAUUUUUCUAGACUACUAGGUGAUACAUCAUAUAAUAAACGUUAUGGUUUUUGGCUUAUGGUUCCAACAAUUAUAUUUUCAUUUAUAGCUGCAAUUCUUUUUGUAAUUGGUGCAUAUUUAUAUCAAAAAUAUGGUUUUGGUAAUAUAGCAACACACGCUUAUACUCGACAUGCCCAUGGUGGUCAACAAUUGCUUGGACCAGCAAAUAUACUUCCUGGAAUGCCUUAUGGAAUGCGACCUGGAAUGAUGCCAUAUCAACCUCCACCAGUGGCUCCAGUAGUACCAUCUUUACUUUCACAAUAUAUAGCCCGACGUAUGCCUCGAUAUUAUGGUCCAACAACUGUACGACGUACAGUUGUUUCUGCAUUUCCACAACCUUCUACUGCUGGAGCUAGUGGACAACCAAUUUACGUAACACCAGCUUAUUAUAGACCCUCUGUACUACAACCAACAUAUUCAAAUUCAAAUUCAGUGAAUCUCACUGGACAACCAGUUGUUACUCCAGCUGUACGCGUUUCUUAA